AUGCAAGAUGUAGUACAGUUGGGUUCUAAGGUUUUUGCGUCGGUGAAUAUCAAUGGUAUGCCUGUUAAAACAGCAUCUAUUCCAAUUUGGCUCGCAGUGACAAACCUACCUUUUGUUAUUAAAGCUACCUUUAAACAUCCAGCUACUCUCCGUGAAGUCUCAAUCGUUAAUCCGUCUGAAUCAGAAGUAUUCUUGAUGAAAGUUGCCACUGAUCAAACAAGCGAUGUAUUCAGUAUGAAUCGUGAUGCACCAACUGUGACAUUUGAAAACGACUUAGAAUUUGUUGGAGAGUUAACAAUCACACUGUUAUCAACAAGAGAUAACAUGUUACCAGAAAAUCCAGUGAAAUUAGCAAUAUUGGCGUGCUACACCGAUGAAACUUUCCGUACCAAAGCAGUCGUUGAAUCUACACCAGCGACUACUAAUGUAUCGUCUAGUUUAUUAUCAACAUAUCCUAGCACGAACCCGUCGAAACAUAAAACAAUACCUGACGUUUUGACGACUACGUCUGACACUUGUGAAGAUGGCAUUGCCCUUAUUCCAUAUCAAAGCAAUAAUGAAAACAAACCAUUAAUGCCUCGCUAUUUUAUACAACCACGAACACCGUAUCAGCCAAGUAAUAUUAAUCCCGGAGAAAUUGGUGUUUCGUUUCCUGCAUCAGACAAGCCUUAUAUUAUUAUUUUUCCCAUGGCACCAAUAGCUAUUAUAAAAUCAGUUCGGUUGCCUAACACAACAAAUGUCGAUCAAAUACGUGUCAUGUUUUUGGAUGCAAAAGAUAAGCCAAUAAUGACUCAUCCAUUAGAUCAAGUUCCAUUACAAAUAACUUCACAGGUGACAACAAGUCCAAAAAUAAAUGUAUAUCUUUCAACAAAAGUAAAUUCUGUUCAUAUUACAUUGUUACAUACAAGCGACAAUCAACCACCACACGAUGUAACAGUUGAAAUCGUUGUUUGUGUUGCACCAACAAUUACGACACCAACAACUAGUGUGACAGAAGUGGAAACGCACACUGUACCGACUACGGAUCAUGUAUCAUCACAACCACUUCCCGACAGUCCUUGCAAACCUAAGACCAAAUAUUCUGCUCGUAUCACUGUUGGUGCAUGUAUUUCUCAACAAGAAAUUCAACACGAAUCAUGUGUUGGUUAUUGCCCAUCAUACGAACAGCUUGAUCCAUUAACUGGAAAUGUUGCAGCAAAAGAAUGCUCAUGUUGUGCACCAGAUUCAACUUAUACUGAAUCUAUUAUGAUGGAUUGUCGUAAUACUACCACGGGACGAAAUGAACAACGAACAACUCAAAUAAUUCGUAUUCGAUCAUGCAAAUGUUUAAUCUGUUUAGGAACAGCAAAAAGAUCUUAUAGCGACGACAAAGGAACACAUGAAACAAUGGCGAAAACCAAUCCUACGGCAAUAAAAACAAGAACACGUCGACGAUAG